AGCAGCACGUUAGAUAUCUGUCACCUGUUAUGGCCGAACUAAAAGGCACUUUUUACCCAGAUUCGAAACACCCAAGAAACUCGACAACACAAAAAAAUACAAAAUUGAAAAUUAAAAAUGAGUCUUUAGAUUAUUGUUAUCCAUACUACGAUACAAUUAGCGAGGCAACAUUAUUCUUCUAGUCCAACAGAAGCUACACACAUUUGCGUCAUCUCUGACGCUGUUACACAGGCCAGCCGUGGUUUUCGGGUCGAAGGCAGAACUGCUGAAUCAGGAGAUCUUUUAUUAUUGUGCCGGCUCUGCGUGGGACUGUGCAUUCGCAGGCUAAUCACGGAGAGAGUGUACCCAUUUGUUAAGCUAUCCGGUUGCCCAGCGCGUAAUCGGGUCCCGAAACGAGUUUGGAUUGCUGGAGAGGAUUUCCACCGGAUCCAUUAGACACAUCAUGGCUACAGUGGCUCUACUCACAAGGCAGCGCAUGCUCGCCUGCUCCAUGCGGCUCCUCGGAGCCAAUCACUACAGAUGCCUGUCGGUGGCGCCAAAACUGGUGUUGAAUCCCCAGUUGAAGGAAGCUCGGAAGCAAAGCCUAGUCAUGCCCUUUGCUAUCACCCGUUACAGUCACAAGUCCGCGCCAACAGCCGCUGCUCCCGCGGCUACGCCGGUUGCAUCAGCAUCCAGCCCGCAAACCCCCAAGCCGGCUGCCACAACGUCGAGCGAUCUCUUUGGCGAAGCUGCCAACAUGGGUCUGUUCGCCAAAUUCAAACACAUGUACAAGCAGUACUGGUAUGUGCUCAUCCCGGUGCAUGUGAUCACGUCAGUGGGCUGGUUCGGAGGCUUCUAUUAUCUAUCAAAAAGUGGCGUGGAUGUGCCGUCACUGUUGCAAUAUAUCCACCUAAGUGAGACGAUCAUCGAAAAGGUCCAGGGCUCGGAUAUGGGUCACUACGCCAUAGCAUAUCUCUGCUACAAGGUGGCCACUCCUCUACGUUAUGCGCUUACUCUGGGAUGCACCACCGUUUCUAUCAAGUAUCUGGUGCAGCACGGCUACAUCAAGCCCAUACCCACGAAGAACGAGCUCAUCAAGAUGUACGAGGACAAGAAGGCCACGCGGGCCAGCGCCAAGGCCGACAAGGCGGAAAAGGCCGAAAAAGAUGAGAGCAAAUGAUCAUUGGCCGCGGGCGACGACUCGUUAGCGUUGUCGUCGUCGCCAUCGCCGCCGUUGCCACUGUCACAACAUCCUACUAAACCGCCGCCUCCGCUGCCGCUGCCGCCGCCAAAAUUCCGGUUGUUCUCUCCGUCUCCAAGGAUUAGCAGCGAGCAGCAGCGAUCGGCUCCCGGCGCUUGGCGAGCAGUUAACGUGUUAUCUUUUUUGUUGAACUGCCGCCGUAGCUGCCGGAAUUGGUGCUCAACGAACCUAACUCUUGUCCGGAACCAUAGCCGAUCACAAAAGCGCCGUCAACAAUGAGCGCCGUACACACAGAUACCAGCCACGCCCAUUUGAAAGCCCACUGAAAUACCAGUAGAACACCAUUUUCACACUUUCCUCUCCCCCCAUUGAUUUUAAUACAUCUGAAGUUAACGUUGCACCUGUA